AUGAGUGGUUUUGGAAGGCGAAGUAAUGAGGGCCAUGGUAGCUAUAUCAUGAACCAGCAAGUUGCCUUGCCUGUUCCAUAUAGCCAAGGGGAAGGUCAUGAGUUCAGCGUAAACGACUCUGGCUCAUAUCAUUUCCCAUCUCAGUCUUUCAAUGCAUAUACUUCCCAAUUCAGCUCUCCAUACAGCCACUCAGGCAUAUCAACUCAUAACCAGCAUAUGUCUUCUCCCCAUUUACCUGUGCACUCUGUGCCGUCAACCCCUGACCAUACGGCCAUACAACAACAACAACAACAACAACAACAACACCACCACCACCAUCACCACCAUCAGUCGGUACAGUACAUGGCACCAUUCCGCUAUUUCCAGUCCCAAAGAUAUCUGCCUUUCCGCGAAACACUUGGGGAGACAGACAUCGAAAGUCAAGACUCCCGAAACGAGAAUACGAUGUUAUCGGAGCCAGUCAUUCCCCCACUGGAUGGAUUCCCAAACGUACGGGAAUUCGAUCAACUAAUGAGAAGCUAUGUCGACGACCUCUCGGUUAAGAAACAAGACAAAGCGUUGAUUCAUGCUAAAAGGGCCAGAAACAUAAGGACGGUCUUAUUAGAUCCAAAGGAUACGACUGUAGAAUCUGCCCAGUUUCGAUUUUGGGUCAAAAAGAUGUUCAAACUUCAAGUAGUUGGUACAGGGACUUCAGAUUGCAUGAAAAUGAUCUGUCAUGAAGGAAAGCCCGUGGCUAUCCGAGAGAAGCUUUUCAAGAUUCUCACCAGGGCACAUCAACAGUGCCAACACGGUGGCAGAGAUAAAACAUCUGCUCAGGUGCGGCAGAUUUAUUCAUGGGUCCCUAAAGAACUCAUCUCGCGUUUUGUAAAAAUAUGUCCGACUUGUCAAGUUCGCCGGGGAGGUUCGCGCCUCACCCCUCCUAAUUCAAGAAGAAGCUCACCCCGUCUCGAGAUAGUAUCUCGUUCCCCAAAACUUCCAUCGCCACCCAUAUCAAGAUGUGAAUCCAGUCUGAACGUUCAAUUGCCGUUGGACAGGCCACAGGCGAGCUACUUGACUCAGUUCAAUGGCCACAAUAGCUGGUUGGAGAGUCAAAGGGGUAUACACCAACGGUCAAACUUGAGCCCCGGACACGCCUUUGCAAAAGCAACGCCCCCCCUGCCCAGUUCAGUUUCUGCAUUGGACUCUCCCUAUGGGGAUCUCCCAGAUCCAUCGUCACAGGUUAAUUAUAAUUCAGGUUUCGCUACUGCACAUGGCCCGUCUAGCCAUCGAGACUUUUAG